CAUCUUUUGAAGUUGUAGUCCAUCGAACAACAAUGUCAGUCAUGAAGGUGCACGGAAACUCUUUUUCAACAUCAACUCAGAGGGUUCUCGCUUUCCUUUACGAGAAAGAUAUUGAGUUCCAGUUUGUUAAUGUCGACAUGGCAGCUGGCGAACAUAAAUCCGAAAACUUCCUUCUCCUCAACCCGUUCGGUCAAGUUCCAGCUUUUGAAGAAGGGGACUUGAAGCUCUUUGAAUCUAGGGCAAUCACUGAAUACAUCGUCCAAGAAUACAACGACAAGGGGACUCAACUGUUGUUGCCAGGCUCUAACAAGACUAUGGCAGUUCUUCAAUUGUGGAAAGAAGUAGAAGCUCACCGCUUCAACCCUCCAUCAACUAAGUUAGUCUUUGAGCUGCAUUACAAGCCCUUUUUCGGGAUGGCUACCGACACUGCAGUUGUCGAGGAAAGUGAAGCUGAGCUUGCCAAAGUUUUAGAUGUCUACGAGGCUCGUUUGGCUCAGUCCAAGUACUUGGCUUGUGACCACUUUACCUUGGCGGAUCUGCAUCACCUGCCAAAUGUUCACUACUUGAUGGGGAGCUCGGCUAAGAAGCUUUUUGAUUCACGCCCACAUGUUAGUGCUUGGGUGGCUGAUAUCAUGGCAAGGCCUGCUUGGUCCAAGGUCCUCGAUAAGCAGAAACAGUAGAUGUGAAGAGUUGGGAUGCAAUCGUAAUCUGUUUGUAUGCAAUAAAUAAUGAGAGGUUUAUAAUCAUGGCCGCAUGUUGGUGUGCAGUGUGACCCUCUCUAC